AUGUCUGCGAAGAGUAUUCUGCUGAUUUUGGCGAGGACUAUGGGGGUUGUGACGGCGGCACUCGGCGCAUGGGCAGUCUACUUGAACGCUUCAUCAAGCACGCCAGAGACAAUCGCCUUAUCACCAAGGAGGCCUACGAUCUCGACCCAACAGCUUCGCGAGAUGGCCAGUCGCGCUAUCGCGUCGCACUCGAAUAGAUCUGAUGCCGACACUAUGAAGGACCAUCGAGCUGAGCACAAGCGUGCCGUUGCCACCAAGACGCUCUCAACUUUGAUCGACAUCAGCAACAGUCUGCGAGUCAUCGCCCAGUGCACUCUCCACACGAGCGGUCUGGACCGUGAGAUGACCAAGCUCAUUGAAAUGCCCGCUCGCUGUGGCCCCGAGGAGAUGCCCGAGGAGUGUCUCUGGAAGUUUCCUUUGGACGAGAAUGAGGAUGAGGGGAACUAA